AUGGUUUUACUCUCCGCGCAGCUUGCCGCCACUACCUGUCCCUCAGGCCAGUUCAUUGCUAACGGGUUGAUCCCUGGGAUGCAGAUAUGUCGGCCUGCUGUUGGCCAUUUUGUCAACAAUGGCUAUCGGUACAAGUUUCGUUAUCACAAAGAAGUGGCCAUCGGGGAGGUCGCCAACUUCGCUGCAUAUGCUUUUGCGCCCGCCAUUCUCGUUACUCCGCUCGGUGCGCUUAGUGUGUUGAUUGGUGCUGUCCUUGGAUCCUAUUUUCUGCAAGAAAGACUUGGGGUUUUAGGAAAAUUGGGCUGCGCCUUGUGUCUGCUUGGCUCCGUUGUCAUCGUUCUGCAUGCGCCGCCGGAUAAACCAGUCGAGACGGUUGACGAAAUCCUCGAGUAUGCAAUCCAGCCAGGGUUCCUUAUCUAUUGCCUUGCUGUUGCAAUUUUCUCGACGGUCAUGAUCUACCGAGUGGCGCCAAUUUAUGGAAAGAAGAACCCCUUGAUCUUUAUCUCUAUCUGCUCAACCGUGGGCUCCGUUUCCGUCAUGUCCGUCAAGGCCUUCGGAAUCGCUCUGAAACUCACAUUCAACGGAAACAACCAAUUCACACAUGCAUCGACAUACGUCUUCUUGAUCGUCACGGCUUUCUGCAUCCUUACACAGAUGAACUACUUUAACAAGGCAUUGAAUCAGUUUUCAACCUCCAUUGUCAAUCCUCUCUACUACGUCACAUUUACAACCGCCACUUUAUGCGCCUCAUUUAUUCUCUUCAAGGGAUUCAAUACAAGUGAUGCUGUCAACACCAUCUCGUUGCUCUGCGGAUUCCUCACAAUUUUCUCCGGCGUAUACCUUUUGAACCUUUCCCGGCAUGAUCCGGACGGACGACAUAUGCUUAAUUCGAAAUUGGAUGACGAAGGUGUGCCUACGGAUGGCAUUGCCAGCUUCCAAACCCGGCGAUCUAUGCAAUCGCGCCGUAGCAAUGAGCCUCACCGUCGGAGUUCAUCUAGCUUUGCUUUCAUGAAUGGGCAUGGGGACCGCGAAGGGCUCAUGCAUUCUUACGAUGUCGAGAAUCAGGCUUUUGGUCUGUCAGAGUUGACGGAGGAAAGCGACGGAGAACCGGGGCCGACAUAUAAACGAAGCGAUGAUAUUGAUCGCACCACUCAACACCCCAAUAAGCAUGACGAGCGAUAG